AUGACGAAAGAUGGUGCAAAGUUACAAAUGACACCAUGUGACACCAGAAAUAUUUACCAGCAUUGGAAAUUUAAAAUUUACGAUGUGGAGAAGGCCAAUCAAUACGGAGUAAUUCUACCGUAG